CCAAGAACUACAAACCAAUGAACUUCCACAAACAAGUGCCCGACUUGCAUUGUUUAAGAAAAACAAUGACAUUUGGUCACUUUUUCUCUAGUUUUUCCAUUCUUCCACAAGAAUUCAGAUCGCCUCCGGCUUCCUCUUCAUUUAGCAUAUAUGUGUACUUUUUAGCUUUCUAGAUUCUCAAUGAAAAAAUGUAAGCCAUAAAAACCACACCCUCUUCCUAUAGAAAGCAAAGUUUUUGUACAAAAAAAAUUAGCAAAUAGGAAAUGGGAAGCUCAAUGUCUUGCCUAGCUCCAUAUUGUUCGGAAUCAGGCUUUGAAAAGAAGACCAUGAGGCAAGUUAUGGUCAUGAAAGACGACGGAGUAAUUCAUUGUUUCAAAGAAGGCAGCCAUGUAAAAGAUGUUUUGGUAUCACAUCCUGACUACCAAAUCAUCAAAUGCAGCAGUUCGGACACAAUUCAACUCCCAGAAUCUUUCAGGCUCAACUCCAAUCAGCUUUACUUCUUGAUUCCUAAAGGGGCGUCUUUGAACGAUAAAUCCAUCAACAUGCUGCUGAAAAUCGCGGCGUGUAGAGAUCCCCCGUUGUUCGUGAUCUCCAACAAAGGAGAUGAUAAAGAUGGCUUCAAAAAUAUUAAUGUGGGAACAAGAAUAGCUGAUGAUGAUGAUGACUUCUCAAUAAGUAACAAUAAAAGGCGGAAGAUGAUAAUAAGAUCGCAGUGGAAACCAUCUUUGAAGACUAUACCGGAGGUAUCGUUGUCUACUAUCCUACAAUCCGAUACCUCUGCCGGAGGACUAUAACCGUUGGAAUGCAUAUUCUUUGUAAAUUAAUUUUGUCAAUCACAAAUUUCCACAUUUGACUUGUGAAAAAACCAAAGCCAGUUGGAGAAACUUGAAAUGUUGUUUGUGAUAUUCCCCC